UGAAGGGCAGGUUCUGUUAGGCUGGUACAGUUGUUCGCAUAUAGAAAAGUAGCAAUAACUGGAAUCCCUGGCUUCAGUUCCCUUGCUUGGUUUCUUUUGCCUGCUUGAAACUAUUCUUCUUGGAUUUUUGUAACUAACUCUCAAUCACUUCUGGAAUCUGUAAAGUUUUGACCUCCACCACCAGGCUACUGUUGAGUGUUUUGGGCUUCAAUUCCCUUUUUAUUUGUUAAUGAGUGGUCGGACUAAGUUUCAGCAACUGCUCGGAAAAAAUGAACUGGAGGCUAAAGAAGCUUGUAAUUGGCUGCGGGCUGCUGGAUUUCCGCAAUAUGCCCAGCUCUACGAAGCAAGACAGUUUCCUUUAGACAUCUCCUCUGUGAAAAAAGACCAUGGGUUUCUGGACCAGGAUUCACUGAAGUCACUAUGCAGGAGGCUGUCAACCUUGAACAAGUGUGCCUCCAUGAGACUAGAGGUCCAUUUUCAGUGCAAACAGAGUGAAGACUCUGAGGAGGAUGACCUGUGUGCCAUCAGUGACCGCUGGGCCUUCCAGCGAGAGAGUAAGACAUGGUCCCGACUGCGUACCCUCUCCCCACACAUCUCCCCUAGCAUGGAGGUCCACUCCUCCACCACCCUGCACCCAUUGAGGGCCUCUGCCAGUAGUGAGAGCAUCCUGAGUGACUUCAGCAACCUGGAGGUCACCUCCACCCACAGCAGUAGCAGCCUGAGUGUGAAGAGUGACAGAGGUACCACGUCCAGCAACCCCUACAGUCAGGUCACCAGCACGGCAGAGCCCUACACCCUUACCUCCCACCAUGACUCCCAUGGUUCCCACUCUCCCAAUGGAUCCGCCUGUGAGGACCAGCCUGUGUCUCCCAAAGACCUACUUACUGUUCCUGUCAGCAGAGAGAAGACCAAGAGGUGUUCCAAUACCUUCCUGAAGAGAAUGGAGUCGUUCAAGAGAAAGGAUAAAGAGAGGGAAGUGACAGAUGGCCAAGUUGUGAUCUCUCCGCUGCAGUUCCCUCUAACCCCUGGCAGUUUGCAUUGCACUUCCAAUGAAAGUCUACCUGGUUUAAAAAACAACACUACAGAAAAGAGCAGUGUAAAUUACAGCAGAAAAGCCCAUACUAUCUGUCGUACAGGCCGUAGGUCCCCAGUUGUGGACAGAGCUAAUGCGAAGAGCAGUUGGCUCUAUCUAGAGGACUAUGACAUGGCAGGGUGGAAGGGGGCUAAACAGGUUAUUCAGAAGAGUGGCUAUAAAAAUGGACUGGAUUGUCUGGUUCAUCUGCCAAUGGACCACAAGCCAGGCACGUUCCCCAAGUCCCUAUCCAUCGAGAGCCUGUGCACUACUUCCACCUCUCAUGAGCUGCGUGAAUGGCAGAUGGAGGACGUAAACCUCUCCCUGGGCAGCAGUCACGAGUCCCAGGAAUUCAACAUGUUUCCUAUAAGAAGAAACUCGUGUUCCUCAGUGGGGAGCAUCUAUGACAAUGUAAAUGAGGCUAGUGGCAGUUCAGACGAGUUGAGAGAAAAGGUCUUUGAGCACCUGGAUGAUAUCCUUCAACAUGUCCAUGGCCUUCAGCAGAAUAUAGACCAGUGGUCCAAGAAGGUGUGUCAGGAGCUCAGUGACAAGCAUGAGGAAGAGGAGGACACUGACGAGACCAGAGAAACAACAUUCUCCUCCAGCCUCCAUUUUGAGGAGCAGUCUAUGUCAGAUGUAGGCACGAUGGCCAGUGACUACGACAGCACAGGAAACUCUUUGAAUGAGGUGGAGGAUGUUGAGACAAGAGAACGAAGGGACUCAGGAGUGGGUGCUUCCUUAACCAGGCCAAGCAGGAAGCUACGGUGGCAUAGUUUCCAGAACUCCCACAGGCCGAGCCUGACUUCAGCCUCCCAGGAAAUGAACCGCCAGUCAGCCGCUCAGCUCAACCUUCUGCAAAAGUUCUCUCUGCUCCGGCUCACUGCUAUAAUGGAGAAAUACUGCGAACCCAACAAACAUGGCUGGAGCUGGUCUAUUCCUAAGUUUAUGAAGAGGAGUAAGGUCCCUGACUACAGGGACAAACAGGUUUUUGGUGUUCCACCAAUCAUCAAUGUCCAAAGGAGUGGACAACCCCUACCCCAGAGCAUCCAGCAGGCCAUGCGCUACCUCCGCAGCCAAUGUCUGGAAAAGGUUGGCAUUUUCCGUAAGUCUGGGGUGAAGUCUCGGAUCCAGACUCUGCGGCAGCUGAAUGAAAAUUCCCCAGACCACGUGAGGUACCAGGGCCAAUCAGCCUACGAUGUGGCCGACCUGCUGAAACAGUACUUCAGAGACCUGCCUGAGCCUGUCCUCACCACCAAGCUCACUGAAACCUUCCUGCAGAUCUACCAAUGUGUCCCGAAGGACAUGCGUCUUCAGGCGGCCCAGGCUGCAGUCAUCCUUCUGCCUGACGAGAACCGGGAGGUACUGCAGACCCUGCUCUACUUCCUCAGUGACAUCGCCUCUGCUGAGGAGAACCAGAUGACAGCUGGUAACCUGGCCGUGUGCCUGGCUCCCUCCAUCCUACACCUCAACAUCUCCAAGAAAGAGGGCACCUCCCCCAGAUUAAUCCACCGAAGGGGGGCAGGGGGAAAACCGGACCACAAGGACCUGAGUGAGAACAUGGCUGCCACUCAAGGACUCAGCCACAUGAUUGUGGAGUGCAAGAAAUUAUUCCAGAUCCCUCAUGAGAUGAUGCUGCAGUCGCGGAACUCCUAUGUCGCAGCAGAUGCCCAGCCACUCCCUCUACACGGCUUGGGCCUGAACAUGAAGGGCGAGCCUGUGGAUUACAGAGCCUACCUGGAGGAUAAUAUCCAGGCUCUACUGCGGGAGUCCACAGAGAAGAGCAAAGGAUGGCACAGCGCCCUGGGCCCAGAAAACACAGAGCUGACAUACAAGAAGGUAGGGGACGGCCAUCCCAUCCGUCUUUGGAAAGUGACCACCGAGAUCGAGGCCCCGCCCCAGACAGUGUUGCACAGAGUUCUGCGUGAGCGCCACCUGUGGGAUGACGACCUGCUCCACAGCCAUGUAAUCGAGGCUCUAGAGAACAACACAGAGGUGUAUCACUAUGUGACAGACAGCAUGGCACCUCAUCCCCGCAGGGACUUCGUAGUGCUGAGGCGGUGGUGUAGUGACCUUCCUCAGGGCCUGUGUCUGCUAGUGUCCUCCUCUGUGGACCAUGACAAUGUGCACCUGGAGGCAGGGCUACGGGCAGUGCUGCUCACCUCACGGGUCCUGAUUGAGCCCUCAGGGAUGGGCCGGUCCAGGCUGACGCAUUACUGCAGAGCAGACCUCAGGGGACGAUCACCUGAGUGGUACAACAAAGUGUUUGGCCAUCUCUGUGCGGUGGAGGUUGCUAGGAUACGGGGCUCCUUCCCUGUGCUGACAGUGAAAGGAACCGAGACAAAGCUUUGAACUUUGAGAAGGACCGCCGGCCCACUUGAGACACGUGCUGCCUACAGCACACAAUGACUCAAAUGAAAGGUGCCUAUCUGUAGCAUUAUAUUACAUCUGCCUGAUAAACUCUCCAGUGUCAUCAACAGGGGACUGUCAGGAUGUGGACUCUCACUCAGAUUGCACUGAUGCCCCAUGAGGAGCCACUGAUGUCAGCAAUAUUUACAAAUCUAAACCAGCCUAUGCAUUAACUGACCCUAAAACAUUAAAACGUACCUUGAAAAAAAUUAAAUAGACAGUUUCUUUAUGCAAAAGCCAUUAUUUUGAAAGCUUUAUGAGUCCCACCGCGACAUCCAUGCGAUUUUGACUUUUUAUCCCUUUAACAUCAUGUGUUUGAGCUACAGAUUUCUGGGUUGUAUUAUUUGAUUCAUCUAUUUCUUCUGCGUCUGUGUGAUUAACGGGGCUGAGCUAGAGCGGAGUCUGUGAGACUGGUGGAUCCCGAAAGGGCCCGGGGACGGAUCUUUUUACAAAGUAAGAGAGAGUCCGAAUGGUUUGAGCUACACUAUUAAAAGCUAUCUAUGAAAAGCUGCGAUUCUCACAAAUACACACAUGUAACAUGUUUUGCUUUAUGACACACAAGCUACACAACAGGUGUUAGAAGGUAAGGGGUUCUUCUACAUAGAAGAUCAUAGGAAAUCCCAGGACAUAGCGUCUAUAAUGCUGUAAUAAGCACACAUAGUUGCUGUCACAAACUCCAAACUCCACAAAGUUGUCACUGACUAGUUGGAUAUUAAUUUCCCACUGAGCAAACCAUUUCUGUGCUUACAGCAUUCAUAUCAAUUCAUUUUUAUCCGGUUUUUGCUUUGGCUUAAUUUUUUUUAUUGACUUUUGACAAUAAAACACAUGAAUGCAACUGUUUAUGUCACAUUGUUGCCCUGGUUGCCCUGAAAAGAAAAUGGUUAAACACUUAAUUGUGAAGCUAAAUAUAAGGGCUGGACAUGCAGAUAAAUGAAAAGCCGAUAUUUGCUGCUGUCUCGGGACUGAAAGGGUUAAUGCUGACUUAUCAAAACUUAUGGCGAUGAUGCCAAAAUGCCAUGGAAUGUUUUUAGCUGCAACUAGCUUUACACAAUAAUUCAGGAGAGCUCUAUAGAAACUAUUCAUGUUUGUACUGUAUGCUAUGCAAUUUCUUCAUGAUAAAUUCACAGAGCUAAUAUAUUUUACUAUUGUCAUUAGAUGUGUCUCAAACUUGAGAAUGGCACCUUACCUUGCUAUUUCAAUAGCUAGCCUCAGUGUUGAUAAUGCAAACAUACUUAGAUGUUAGAGAGAAAAGGGUUUGUUACUGAGGCUCCUUAGUGGGUGGUAGUGUGUCUUAAAACACUGUGCAUUUUCAGGCCUUGCUUCAGCCCUACAUUCUCAGUAACUGUUUAUUUUACUCAAGUGUUUAUCAUAAGAGGGGACUUUACUCUGGACUUACUGUUAUGUCUCUUAUUUUUUCUCUUCUCUUUAAAAGACUAACUGGUUAACCUCCUCUCACUCUAAUUUAGCUAUUGCUUAGCUGCUGAGUUAUAGGGAUCAUUCUUCUUCCUCAGAUCUUCAGAAAUUUAGAAAUAGGAACAGAGCCACUUGUAAAAUAGGCAAACAUCUGUCCACCAAGCACCAAACUAUAAGAUAUAAGCAUGGAGCGCAAACAUUUGCAUAAUUCACACUUUGAUGUCAAUUUAAGAUUUAUUCGUGAGUAAUUGCUUGUGUCAGGAUUUGCGAUCACAAUGAGAAGGGACAAGGAUCAUGACACGCUCAAAAGUGGACAGACAACCUGAGCUUUAGACAGCGUUUGUGUAGAUUGCUUAAUUACUGUGUGUGUCUGCAGUAUUAUUGUAUUUUAUUGUGUCUCAGUAAUCCGUGUUUUAUUUAUGUCUGUAUGAAUGAGUCUUUGUAUGAGUCACAGGAAUGUGACUACCUCUGUCUGUACAGAAUCGAACCAUUGACGUAUUUUUCUGUUGGGCAUUAUGUACAUGAAUGAUUUUUAAUUAGAUCUAAUCUUAAUCUGAGUUAUGCAAUGGGUGGAAGUGCAAUGACUGAAUGCAAUUAACUUUUUUCAGUGUUUUCUUAUGCAUAUGCUUUACAUACAUACAUUAAUAGCCCGUACACUUAAAUGGGAUUACUCCCACUGAAUAACUAAUGCAAUGAACAUAAUUUAAACAAUUGUGGGGAAGAAAUAGCUAUAAACACAAGUAUUACAUAUCUGUGAACUACAGGGUAGUUUUGAGUGAAUACCUUUUGUAACAUAACUGGCCAUUGUAUUGUACUCAAUGAAGCAGUUGUAAAUAACUUGCAUUUUAGCCCACAACAAUGUGUUCAUCUUAUUUGUCUCAUCUAUUACUAUUUACUCUUCCUUUACUACCUAUUUGUAUUAUACUGCUCUGACUGUAAAAUAGAGUAGAAAAUCAAUAAACAAAUAUUGAAAAA